AUGAAGAAGAAGUUCUACACGUGGGAGGAGUGCAUGCAGCUCCGCGAGGUCAAGUCGCUCAAGAAGCUCAACCACCCGAACAUCAUCAAGCUCAAGGAGGUCAUCCGCGAGAACGACGAGCUCUACUUCGUCUUCGAGUACAUGGAGAUGAACCUCUACGAGGUCAUGAAGAAGCGCGAGCGCCACUUCCCCGAAUCGAAGAUCCGCAACAUCAUGUACCAGAUCUUCCAGGGCCUGGCCUUCAUGCACAAGCACGGCUUCUUCCACCGCGACAUCAAGCCCGAGAACAUGCUCGUCAAGGGCGAGACCUGCAAGGUCGCCGACUUCGGGCUCGCGCGCGAGAUCCGGAGUCGGCCGCCGUACACGGACUACGUGAGCACGCGGUGGUACCGCGGGCCCGAGGUGCUGCUGCGCUCCGUCAACUACAACUCGCCCAUCGACCAGUGGGCCUGCGGCUGCAUCAUGGCCGAGCUCUUCACGCUGCGGCCCCUCUUCCCCGGGUCGUCCGAGGCCGACAUGAUCUACAAGAUCUGCUCCGUGCUGGGCAGCCCGACGAUGCGGACGUGGCAGGAGGGCAUGAAGCUCGCGGCGCAGAUGAACUUCCGCUUCCCCCAGUUCGUGCCGACGAACCUGAGCGUCAUCAUCCCCAACGCGUCGGGCGAGGGCAUCACGCUCAUGGAGGACCUCAUGAAGUUCGACCCCCAGGAGCGGCCCACCGCGAGCCAGACGCUCCAGUACCCCUUCUUCCAGGUCAACGCGUCCCUGCCGCCGCCCCAGCCCAUGCAGCAGCAGCAGCAGCAGGCGUCCCACGCGCCGAGCCAGCAGCCCAUGAAGCCGUCCGCGGCGCCGACGGGCGCGUCCGCGGGCACGGGCGACAUCCUCGACGACGCGGCGCUCGCGCUCGGCGUCGCGCCGUCCAGCAUGGCGCCGGCGAAGCUGCCCAUGCAGGGCUCCAACGCCCAGAACGGCGCGUCGAACCCGGGCAGCGGCGGCGCGGGCGGCGCGUACUCGUCCGCGCUCGGCAACGCGGCCAAGGCGCAGUUCGGCGGCGCGUCGUCGCAGCAGGGCUCGGGCUCGGGGGGCUACGGCGCCAAGGACGCCGGCGGCGCCUACGGCUCCGGCGGCGGCGCGGGCAGCGCCGCGACCGCGGGCGGCCAGCUCGCGACGUCGCGCUACGCGCGGAACGCGCGCUACGGCCCCGGCAUCUCGAGCCACGGCUCGUCGAGCCACAGCCGGAACAGCGCCCACGGCUCGCGCCACGGCUCCCUGCGCAGCGGCCACCACCAGCGGUCCAACCACGGCAACCGGAGCGGCCACGGCGCCAUGCAGCGCACGAGCCAGCUCGGCGGCGGCGGCCACGCGGCGCUCGGCUACCAGGCGCCCAGCGGCACGCAGGACGCCUACUCGUCGGCGGCCCAGCAGGCGCCGGGGCCCAGCGGCCUCCAGAUCGGCCUCCGCCGCUUCUCGGGCCUCAGCCACGGCCAGCGCCUCAUGAACCAGGGCACGUCGAACGCGUCGUCGAACCUCGGCGGCGGCGGCGGCGGCGGGUCCCAGUUCGGCGGCGGCGGCGGCGGCGGCGGCGGCGGCACGGGCUUCGGCCGGCACCGGUUCUCGCCCGUCGCCGCGAGCACGACGGCCCCGAGCUCGCUCGGCGACCGGCAGAUGGGGCACGGCGCGCAGUGCGUGUCCGCGUUCAUGCGCAGGAACGUCGACGCGCAGCCCGCGCAGAACUGGUGCUCGCAGGGCUUGAGCUGCACGGCGUCGACGAGCGGCUCGAGGCAGAUCGGGCACGCCGCGCAGCCCAAAAAGGCCGCGCCGCCGGCGAAGGACGGCACGACGAAGCGCAAGGGCUUCGGCUACAUCGGCAAGCGCAAGGAGGCCAAGUACGAGGACGUGGGCGACGCGAAGCAGCGCGUCGCGGCGAAGAACGCGCAGAGCAGCCACGUCGGCGGCGCCGUCGUCCUCGACGCCGCCUGGUGCCCGGAGGGCUGGACCGUGGAGACGUUCACGCGGGGCCCGCAGGACAAGAGCGCGGGGACGACGUACAACGUCUGGCACGCGCCCGACGGCGCCAAGUACCGGUCGAAGAAGUCCGUCGAGCGCCGCGUCGCCGCGGACGCCGCGCGCGAGCGACUCAUCGCGUCCGGCGGCGGCGACCCCGCGGCCCUCGAGGCCCUCGCGGCCCUCGACAGCGGCGACGCGGCGACGCGGGCCAUGGAGGCGAAGACGCGCUACGUGCCCGUUUCCACAGACCCCGCGGUGCUCGCGCUCGCGGGCGCGUUCUUCCGCGACGGCGUCUGCUGCCUCGACGCGCCCUACCUCGACGCCGCGGCCGUCGACCGCCUCAGGGCCGCGACGUUCGCGUUCUACGAAGCGGUCAUGCGCACCGUGACCGCGCGGUCGCUGCACCACGACCUCGCCGUCGGCUUCGACGUCUUCCGCGAGCGCGGCCGGGGCCGCUUCGACAUGAAUCCGCCCUUCGUGCACCAGCGCGACGAGAAACAGUUCGACGCGGACGUCGGCGCCGCGGCCGUCGCGGCCGACGCCAACUGGCGGCCGGUCGUCACCGAGGUCCUCGGCGGCGGCGCGACGGAGCUCAUCGCCGCGGGCGUCUUCAUGAGCCUGCCCGGCGCCGAGUCCCAGGACUACCACACGGACGGCGUCCACCUCGACAAGCGGAAGCACGCGCUGCCGCACGCCGUCAACGUCUUCGUGCCGCUGGUGGAUUUGACGCUCGGCGCGCGGUCCAACGGGCCCACCGAGUUCACGCUCGGGUCCCACGUCCUCGGCGACGACGCCUGGGACGCGGCCAAGUCCUGGCUCCCCGCGCCCAAGGCGGGCACGGCCAUCGUCUUCGACUACCGCGUCGGCCACCGCGGCAUGGGCAACAAGUCCGACGAGCCCCGGCCGACGCUCUACCUCACCUACACGAACAAGCCCGGCUGGUCCGACAAGGACAACUUCCACAGGGGCCGCUACCGCAAGCUCGGCGACCUCGCGACGCGCGACGUCGCGGCCGAGGCCGCGGCUAUCGAAGCCUGGUGGGCCGAGGACCGCUGGAAGGGCAUCGUUCGCCCCUACACGGCCAAGGACGUCGUGUCCCUGCGCGGCUCCAUGGACGGCCACUCGCUCCCCGACGCCAUGGCGAAGAAGCUCAUGGCGACGCUCGAGGAGUGCAAGGCCGUCGGCGGCCACAGCCGCACCUACGGCGCGCUCGACCCCGUCCAGGCCGUCGGCAUGGCGCCGAAUCUGACGAGCAUCUACGACUACCCCUACGACACGGUGCCGAAGAAGGUCGACCAGCUCUUUCGGGCCCUCAAUCACCACGACCGGCGCACCUGGGAGGCCGCCGUCCGCGCGGGCGCCGAGGACGAGCCCCGGCCGGACUACAUGACGCCCAUCGUCGCCGACGGCGACACGGGCCACGGCGGCAUGACGGCCGUCAUGAAGCUCACGCGCCUCAUGGUCGAGGCGGGCGCCGCCGGCGUCCACUUCGAGGACCAGGCGCCGGGCACGAAGAAGUGCGGCCACAUGGGGGGGAAGGUGCUGGUGCCCAUGCGCGAGCACGCGGACCGCCUCGUCGCCGCGCGGCUCCAGUGCGACAUCCUGGGCACGUCGACGCUCGUCGUCGCGCGCACGGACAGCGAGGCCGCGACGUUCCUGUCGUCGGACAUCGACGCGCGCGACCACGCCUUUAUUUUGGGCGCGACGGUCGAAGACCCGCUCGCGGGGACGCCGUUCUCGGGCCUCGCGACGCUCAACGAGACCGUGGCCGCCGCGCGCGCGCUCGGCGGCGCGGACCCGGACGCCGUCGGCGCGCAGUGGCUCGACAAAGCGGGGCUGAAGACCUUCCCCGAGCUCGUCCGCGCGCGGCUCGCGGGCGACGCCCUGGCUCGCUUCGACGCGCUCGUCGCCAAGGGGCCGUCGCUCGACGCGAUGCGGCGCGCGGCCGAGGAGCUCCUCGGCGCGCCCGCGCCCUUCUUCGACUGGCACGCGCCCCGCGCGCGCGAGGGCUACUACCGCAUCCAGGCCGGCACGGACUACGCCAUCGCGCGCGCCAAGGCCUUUGCGCCGCACGCGGACCUGCUCUGGAUGGAGACGGCGAAGCCGCUCCUGGGCCAGGCCGCGGAUUUCGCCAAGGGGGUAAAGGCCGAAUUCCCGGACCAGAUGCUCGCCUACAACCUGAGCCCCUCCUUCAACUGGGACGCGGAAGGCGUCUUCGACGGCGACGCGGCCAUCGAGAGUUACACGGGCGACCUCGCGCGGCUCGGCUUCGUCUGGCAGUUCAUCACGCUCGCGGGCUUCCACAGCAACGGCCUGGCGACGCACAACUUCGUCCAGGAGUACAAGGACCGCGGCAUGCUCGGCUACGUCGAGACGAUCCAGCGCGAGGAGCGCGCGCGCGGCGUCGCCGUGCUCAAGCACCAGCAGUGGUCCGGCGCUGUGUGGAAAUCAACCACUGGUUUGGGGGGUCCCCACCAAACUUCAGAACUCUCUAUCUCGGUCAAUUCGAAGUCGAUUCAGCUGAUUUUUGGACGAAUCGAUUGCUCUCGUCGAGUUCUCGAAGCAUAG